AUGAGAGUGCUGUUUUCUAACCUGGAAGAGAUCCUGUCUGUGCACAAGGACUUCCUGUCCAUGGUUGAAGAGCUUCUGCAGCCCGACCCCAACCCGUAUCAUGAAGUGGGACGCUGCUUCCUGCACUUUAGAGGAAGGUUUCAGAUUUACGACGAGUACUGUGGGAAUCAUGAGAAAGCCCAGAGGCUUCUGCUGGAGCUCAAUAAGAUCAGGACAGUACGCACGCUUAUGCUGGUAAGACACUUGUUGCUGGACUGUAUGUCAUUUUUUGCACCCCAGACAACUAAAUUUCUCUUUAAAGGUCAAUUCACACCGCACCAGCAAAUGCCAACGAAGGCAACAGACACAUUUGAGCUGCUCAAAAGAACCCCAAAGAAACACAACGACUACUUGAUGGUGCAGGAGUCACUGCAGGUGAUGAAAGCCGUUUGCUCCAGUAUUAAUGAGGCCAAAAGGCAGAUGGAGAAGCUGGAGGUGCUGGAAGACUGGCAGUCUCAUAUUGAGGGCUGGGAGGGCUCCAACAUCACAGACAGCUGUACGGAGAUGCUCAUGCAGGGAGUUCUGCUGAAGAUCUCUGCGGGGAACAUCCAGGAACGUAUCUUCUUCCUCUUUGACAACUUGCUGGUGUACUGUAAGAAGAAGAACAGGCGUUUGAAAAACAGUAAGACGGCCACUGAGGGUCCUCGUUACCUGUUCCGAGGCCGAAUCAACACAGAGGUCAUGGAGGUGGAGAAUGUGGAUGAUGGAACAGCGGAUUACCACAGCAGCGGGAACAUCGUGAACAACGGCUGGAAGAUCCACAACACAGCGAAGAACAAGUGGUUUGUCUGCAUGGCGAAGACGCCGGAGGAGAAGCAGGAGUGGCUGGAGGCCAUUUUAAAAGAGAGAGAAAGACGAAAAACAUUGAGACUGGGCAUGGAGCAGGACACCUGGGUGAUGAUAUCUGAGAAAGGCGAGAAGCUUUAUAACCUCAUGAGUAAACAGGGCCACCUCAUUAAGGACCGCAAGCGCAAACUCACCACCUUCCCCAAGUGCUUCCUUGGAAGUGAGUUUGUGUCUUGGCUGAUGGAGAUCGGAGAGACCAAUAACCCAGAGGAAGGGGUUCAUUUGGGCCAGGCUCUCCUGGAAAACGGCAUCAUACACCACGUCACAGACAAGCACCAGUUUAAGCCGGAGCCAGUGCUCUAUAGGUUCCGCUAUGAUGACGGCACAUACCACCCUCGCAGCGACAUGCAGGAUGUCAUCUCCAAGGGUGUGAGGCUGUUCUGCAGACUCCAUAGUUUAUUCACACCGGUGAUCAGGGAUAAGGAUUAUCAUCUACGAACGUAUAAAUCGGUGGUGAUGGCCAACAAGCUGAUAGACUGGCUGAUAGCACAGGGUGACUGCCGAAGCAGAGAAGAGGCGCUGAUCUUGGGGGUGGAGCUGUGUGACAAUGGAUUCAUGCAUCAUGUUUUGGAAAAAAGUGAAUUUAAGGACGAGCCUCUUCUGUUUCGUUUCUUUGCCGACGAGGAGAUGGAGGGUUCUAACACCAAACACAAGCCCAUAAAGCACGAUCUAAAAAUAGUGGAGAAUGUCAUCGCCAAGUCGCUGCUGAUAAAGCCAAGUGAAGGAGGCUAUGGCUUCACGCUAGAAGACCGAAACAGAGUGCCCAUCGUCAAAUCAGUGGAGAAAGGUUCCCCCGCUGAGAUGGCUGGUCUGGAAGUGGGGAAAAAGAUCUUUGCUAUUAAUGGGGACCUGGUCUUCUUGAGACCUUUCCAGGAAGUGGAAAACUUCCUAAAGCAGAGCUUCCACAGCAAAGGUUCCCUCAGAGUACUGGUCAGCACCAAACCCAGAGAGACUGUGAAGAUCCCAGACUCUGCAGACGGAUUGGGCUUUCAGAUCCGGGGGUUCGGGCCAUCUGUGGUGCAUGCGGUUGGCAGAGGCACCGUUGCGGCAGUCGCAGGCCUUCACCCGGGUCAAUGCAUCAUUAAAGUGAAUGGCAUUAAUGUGAGCAAAGAAAGCCACGCCAGUGUCAUCGCCCACGUCACAGCCUGCAGGAAGUACCGGCGUCCCACACAGCAAGACUCCAUUAAAUGGGUGUACAACAACAGUGAGAGUGCACAGGAAGACCACCAGAGAACCAAUCAGAAGCCCGCCGCAGGGGAGAACGGAGAUGUGUUUGAGUGUAAAGUUGAAGAAGUCAUGGACAAGUUCAACACAAUCGCCAUAAUAGAUGGAAAAAAAGAUCAUGUCAGCCUGACGGUGGAUAACGUGUAUCUGGAGUACGGUGUCAUGUAUGAGUAUGACAGCACGGCUGGGAUGAAGUGUCACGUCUUGGAGAAAAUGGUGGAACCAAAAGGCUUUUUCAGUCUCACGGCCAAGAUUUUAGAAGCCUUGGCCAGGAACGAUGAGCAGUUGGUGCAGACUUGCAGUCGACUGAGCUCCAGCAUAGAGCUCAUCCCUGAGGACCUGCAGACCAGAUUCAGUGCAAUGUGCGGCGAGAGACUGGAGCAUAUCAAUCGAAGAAUCACUAAUUACAGGAAGUUUUCACGGGUUUUGAAGAACAGGGCCUGGCCCACGUUCAAGCAGGCAAAGACCAAGGUUUCCCCUCUACACAGCAGUGACUUCUGCCCCACCAACUGUCACAUCAACGUAAUUGAGGUGUCUUAUCCCAAGACCACUACUUCCCUUGGAAGUGCCUUCGGAGUCCAGCUGGACAACAGGAAGAACACUCUGGAGAAAGGAGGCUGCAAUUCAGAGCAGGGCAAGCUGAACCCCAUGGUUUACGUCCAGCAUAGUAUCACCAGCAUGGCCGCCCCAUCAGGACACAGUCUGAGCAAGGCAGAAGGUCACGGUCUGCGCUUCCUGCUCCGAGAGGAUGACCUGCUCAUCCUGGAUGCCUACCACAAACUUCUGACCAAACUCACCACUGUCGUCAAAGAGAUGGAGUGUUACGCCGCCCAGAUUCAUGAUUUGCUCUCCUCUAUCACACAUCCCACAGGGUCUGAAGGGAAGCCCACUGAGAGCUACAUUUCAGCUGAGAGUGAGAGCGAGAAAAGUGAACGCAAUGGGAAGAAAGUGUGUUUUAAUGUGACCGGAGAUGAGCAGGAGGACUCGGGUCACGACACCAUCAGCAACAGGGACUCCUAUAGUGAUUGUAACAGCAACAGGAACUCCAUAGCGUCGUUCACCAGCAUCUGCAGCAGUCACUGCAGCUCUUACGUGCACAGCGACGAGAUGGACUCAGGUGACGAGAUGCCAACCAGUGUAUGGAUAACUCAUGACAAGCAGAAGAAGCUACACGGCUUCCUGGAGCAUCUGUUCAGUCAGGUGGAGUCCAUCACCAGUUUGUUGAAAGGGGCAACUGUGACUCGAGCCUUUGAACAGACCAAGUGUUUCACUCCGGGACGGGGACUUCAAGAGUUUCAUCAGGACAUGGAGCCGAAGCUCAACUGCACCAAGAAACUGCGGCUUCACGUCAAGCAGGAUCCGUGGAACCUGCCCAGCAGCGUUCAGGCUCUCACACACACCAUCGCCAAGUUUGCAGAAGAGGUGAAAACGCGCCUAUUAUUGGUCCUGCUGCAAUACACAGAAUAUAAAGAGAUAAAGGAUGCUUUGAUGAAGUAUGUCAUGUUUAAAUCCACACUGACGCUCUUCCCCAUCCACCCCCGAACACACUCAGGGGAGGGAGAGCAGGCAGCGAGCAACCCGAAGACGGAUGAGCAGGCCAUGCUAGAAGACACACAAGUUGCUCUCAUAGACCUGGAGAAGGUCACCUUCUAUUUCCGGCAGUUUGAAGGAGAGCCUCUUGUUGCUAACAUGCCCAUCUCAUACCAAGUUGAGGGCACACGGCAGGCUUUGAAGGUCUGUUUUUACCUAGAGGCAUUCUACUUCCAGCAGUUACCCCAGAGACUAAGACACGGUGGUAGCUUCAAAAUCUACCCCAUCCUGUUCACCCAAGCCUUGGAGAGCAUGGAGGGAUAUUAUUACCGAGAAAGCGUGUCAGUGGAAGAAUAUCAGGCCCAAAUCAAUGCUGGAUCCCUGGAGAAGGUCAAGCAGUACUACAAGAGACUCCGGGCCUUUUAUCUGUAUAAAUCAAACCUUCCCCCGAGCUCAGCUCCCAAAGCAGCCUUCAUAGACAAGCUGAUGCGUCCUCUGAAUGCUCUGGAUGAGUUGUACAGACUGAUGGAAAGUUUUAUCUCGUGUCGGCGGACGGCCGCGUGCCAGUUCACAGCCUGUGGAGCGUCUGGAGUCGGGCUGCUUACCGUGGCCUCGGAGCUGUGCAGCCGCCUGGGAGCUUGUCACAUCGUCAUGUGUAACAGCGGAGUACACCGUUGUACUCUGAGUGUCACACUGGAACAGGCCGUUCUUCUGGCCCGCAAUCACGGCUUGCCCCCACGAUGCAUCAUGCAGGCCACUGACGUCAUGAGGAAGCAGGGAGCAAGAGUGCAGAAUUCAGCCAAGAACCUGGGAGUGAGAGACCGCACCCCAUCAACAGUGCCAAGAUUGUACAAACUGUGCCAGCCUCCACCUCCUGACGGCGACCCCUGAACCCACGUCUUCAACAGAUCUGGACCAUCUUUGGUCCAACUCCAGAUGACACACACACACACUGUCCACGUCAUGAGAGCGUCUGGACGUUCACCUUCACUCCUGCUCAGAGACCGAUCUGUCACCUCUCAACUCAAAGGAUUCACAGCGUAAUAUCUGUUGACUUUUGUCAGUUUUUUAAAGGCACCAUUAUUUUUUUAUUUCAUGCUUUGCUACGGUGCAUCUUAUUCUAGACUGAAGAUCAAACAAACAGUAUGUCUGAUCUCCCAGCUGCUGUCAAAUCAUUCACAAAAAUAGAGUGUCAAUCACAAUGUCUGUUUAUUCGUCAUGUAAAAAAAAUUGCACAGUGCUUUAGUCUAUGUAUGUUAAGGCGUAACUUUUGUUUAUAGUUCCUAUUUGGGCAUAGCAUCCAAAAGUCUCAUUGCAACUGUAUGUGCAUUUUUAUUUCAUCUAUUUUCAUAUAAAUCUUUAACAUAUGUAUAGGUUUGCCUUUCACAUUAUUAGGUUUCUCAACUUCGAGUUUAUUAACACCAUAGUGCAUUAAGCUACAUGUUGCAGUCUUAGUGCUGCAGUCUCAGUGAAUAUGGAAUGACAUAAAGUACUGGAACGUUCAUACGACACGGUCAUCAGUGUUAUAGAUUUAUAUAUUUGUCACACUUACAUAGGUAUACAAGUCAUUUUGUCUCCACAUUUAAAAAGAAAUCAGUACUCAGGAGUUGUUAUGUGUUAUAUUAAUGUUGCUUAAAAUAACAAAUUAAUUAAUCAUUACUAUGCAAUAUUGAAAAACCGCUCUAAACAGGAAUUGUUUAUUAACUCAAGUUCCAUUUUGAGAAAUGAAGAUGUUUUAUACAAUACAUCUGUCUGAAUUAAUAUGCUCUGGAUAAAAGCAGCCAGAAGGGAACAUAAAUUCAUGUGAAAAUAUUACUGUAAAAAAGUUUUCACUGAAAAAGACAGUUAUUUAUUUUGUCAUAAAACUAACCCAUUUUGAGAUUUUCCAAAUACAUUUAUCUUUUCUUUUCUUUUCUUUUUUUAACCUGAAAACCAGGUUGAUUUCCCCAUUAUUACAAUAAAUUGUAAU